AUGACCAAGCUCUUUCUUCUGAACAUACUCUUCCCCAGUCUUGCACUGAGCUUACAAUACGCGUUUCAAAGUCAUUUACUACAGUCAUACGGAUCCUUUAUUCAGAACAAUAUGCCCUCGGCGACAUCAGAAUGGCACGAUGGCGAACUGGCCGUGCAAAAGCAACUCAAAGUCCCUACAAGAGGAAAUCCAACGUUUCCAGGUUUAGCACCCCAAUAUGGCAUGCGAGUGAUGCAGUCGCCCUUGGUAGCUCUCGGAACGCUAGAUAGCGAGGGUCGCCCAUGGACUACAGUAUGGGGCGGAGACCGGGGCUUCGCGAGGCCAGUAGCUGAAGGCGUACUCGCGUUUAACAGCUCAGUUGAUACUCGCCAUGAUCCUGUUUUUAGAGCUUUGUGGGACGGGAUUGAUGACGACGGCGUGAAACAAGGCGCCAUUAACAGGCCAAAUGGAGGCGAAGGCAAGGGAAUGGCAGGACUGUCUAUCGACCUGGAGACCAGAGAUCGCGUGAAGCUGGUAGGAAACAUGAUUGCUGGUGCAACAGUCGAGGAAGGCAGGGCAGUACAGAUGGCCAUGGCUGUGACCGAGAGCCUGGGCAACUGUCCGAAAUAUCUCAACAAGAAGGAUGUUGUGCCUAAUGAUAUGGCACCAGAGCUUGUCUCGGACAAGCUGCCCUUGUCACAGGAGGCCCUAGAUCUGGUUGCAGCGGCAGACAUGUUCUUCUUGUCGAGCACAAAUGGGGUCACAAUGGAUACAAAUCAUCGUGGAGGAAGUCCUGGGUUCAUGAGGAUUAUCAAGAACGAAGACGGCGGGCUGGAACUGAUAUAUCCAGAAUUCUCUGGCAAUAGACUAUAUCAGACACUCGGCAACUUCAGAGUGAAUCCACUGGUUGGCAUCGCUAUUCCAGAUUACAACACAGCCAACGUUCUUUAUGCCACGGGCAGCGCAUCGAUACUUGUUGGUGAUGAGGCUUCUUCUUAUCUUGCAAGAACAAAACUUGCCGUCAAGAUUUCAAUUACUGCCGCAAAGUUCGUCAAGUCGGGACUACCUUUCCGAGGUGCGCUGGGCGAAUACUCGCCUUACAACCCUCCUGUCCGUCACUUGCUCUCAGAGCACGAUGCACAUAUUGCCGAUGCAUCAUCAAAUGGUAUCACGGCAAGCUUAACUAAGCGCGAAGUUCUUACGCCGUCCAUUGACCGAUACACCUUUGAGCUAUCUUCGACACAGCCUAUCAAUGCAUGGCACGCAGGACAGUAUAUCACCUUGGACUUUGAGCAGGAAGUGUCGAGUGGCUACAGUCACAUGGCCGAUCAUGAUCCUCAAAGUAUCAACGAUGACUACGUUCGAACGUUUACUGUGUCAAGCCCACCAGAGAACAGUAAGGAGGUACAAAUCACAACAAGGAAACAUGGCCCGGUAACGAACUUCCUGAGAAAGCACAACCCUCGUGUGCCUUUGGAGAUACCAGUGAUUGGCUUUGGCGGCGAAGAGGGUUUCCGCAUCCCUUUGGAAUCAAAUGGCUCUCAAUCUGUCUUUAUCGCCGCUGGUGUAGGAAUUACGCCUGUCCUUGCACAAGCACCAGCUGUACUUCAACACAAAGCUCCAUUUGCGCUGCUCUGGACUCUACGCUACGAGGACUUACCGCUCGCGACUGACACGUUCUCGAGAAUCCCAGGGCUGUCCAAUGUGACUACACUCUUCGUCACUGGUCAGCGGGAUAAGGUGGACUUGUUGGAGGAGGUCGAGCAGGCUGGGACACGGGUAGUAAAGCGACGAAUAACCGCUGAUGAUGUCGAGAGACUCAAGGGCCAAAACGCCCGUUUCUUUCUGUGCACAGCGCCAGCUCUGCUGGCUGCACUGGAAGGCUGGUUGCUGGGAGAGAAGGUUGUCUGGGAGGACUUUGGAUAUUGAGGACUGUAGCAUACAAAUUGAAGUACUUUACUGGUUCCG